AUGUCUUGGUUCACACAGCCGCGUGGAUACCGGCGGCAGAUAACGGGCAGCGCUACCGAUUUCAAACACACUUACAGGGGCUGCUGUCAACCAUCGAAAGCCAGCCGCGACCCAUCUCGUGAAGCUUGUCUUCAUAUCGCGUUUCUCUUUGACCACAUCGCUAACCGGCAAGCCCUCUAUCUCGCUAUAUACACAAUCACAGUCCAGGGAGGUCACCGCGCCGUCAUUUUCGACAGAUUGGAGGGAGUCAAGCCCGGCCCCGUCGGUGAGGGCACCCAUUUCUUGGUCCCUUGGUUGCAGCGUGCGAUCCAGUUUGAUGUUCGCACGAAGCCCCGCAACAUCUCGACGACGACUGGAUCGAAGGAUAUGCAGAUGGUCACGUUGACCCUUCGUGUCCUCCACCGACCGGAUGUCAAGAACCUAUCUCAGAUCUACCAGGGAUUGGGACUGGAUUACGAUGAGCGUGUGUUGCCCUCGAUCGGAAACGAAGUCUUGAAGUCGAUUGUAGCCCAGUUUGAUGCGGGUGAGCUUAUCACCCAGCGUGAGUUGGUCUCGUCCAAGAUCCGCGAGGACCUUGCUAAGCGCGCCAGAGAGUUCCAUAUCGAGCUUGAGGACGUUUCUAUCACCACUAUGACCUUCGGUCGCGACUUCACCAACGCCGUUGAGCAGAAGCAGAUUGCUCAGCAGGAGGCCGAGCGCGCCAAGUUCAUUGUCGAGAAGGCCGAGCAGGAGAAGAACGCCUCCAUCAUCAGAGCUGAGGGUGAAGCUCAUGCUGCCGAGAUCAUUUCCGCGUCACUGGAGAAGGCUGGUCCUGGUCUGAUUGAGCUCCGUCGUAUUGAGGCAUCGAAGGAUAUUGCCGGCACCUUGGCUCAUGCCAAGAAUGUCACCUACCUUCCCAACCAGAAGGGCAACAACAUGUUGUUGAACCUCCCUGUCUAA